AUGGAGGGAAAGGGAGUGGGCGCUGUCGUGCUGGCUGCUGGCUACGGCACCCGCCUGGAACGCGACCUUCGGCAGGACACCUCUGGCCUCGCAUUAGUCCCAGUGGGCGGCAAGCCCCUGUUGGACUAUUGGAUGGAGGCGUUCGAGCGCAGCGGCGUGGCGCCGGUCUACGUCGUGUGCAACACGCGGCACGAGGAACACUUCAAGCGGUGGGCCGAGGGGCGCGCCUUUCCGCUCGACCACAUCAUCAACGAUGGGUCGACGUGCAACGAGGAGCGCAAGGGCGCCAUCGGCGCGCUGCACCUGGCCAUGAAGAUGAAGGACCUGAGCGGCGACCUCUUGGCGGUUGCGGGCGACACGCUCUUCGACACGGACUUCAAGCUGGAGGAGGUCAUAGACCACUUCAAGAGCCUGGCGGCCGGCGAGAGCCUCAUCACCUACUAUGAGAUCAAGGACAGGCAGGAGGUCACCAAGCGAGGCAUCAUCGAGGUUGAUGAGAACGACAAGGCAAUGAUCAUGCUCCUCUACUACCACGAUCAAAACAUUGUGGAGUCUAACACUGUGACCAAAUUCCUGGAGAAGCCCAAGGUGGAGGAGACCGAGUCAAGCAAGGCGUGCCCGCCCCUUUACAUCUACAGCAAGUCCGCGGUGCCCUUGAUCAACCAGUAUGUUGACGAAGCCGAGGGCAAGCUGGCACUUGUCGACGCACCAGUUGCUUGGCUCUCUGCAAGAACGACGAUCCGGGCUCAUCGCCUGCCGGGCCGAUUUGACAUCGGGUCGCUUGGCGAUUACAUCCAAGCAGACGCCUACUUCCAGAAGGUGAACAGCACUGGCCCUUCGCAGUAG